CUGCUGAGCUGUGUAUCUAAUCCACGUGUGAUACUGCCUGCUGAGCUGUGUAUCUAAUCCACCAUGUGUGAUGCUAUCUACUGAGCUGUGUAUCCCAUCCUAUCGUGUGAUACUGCUGAGCUUUGUAUCUGAGCCUCUCAUGUCAUACGGUCAGCAGAGCUGUGUAUCUGAGCCUCUCGUGUGAUACAGUUUUCAGAACUGUGUUUCCGAGCCUUUUAUGUAUGAUAUAGUCUUCAAAACUGUAUCUGAGCCUCUCGUGUGAUACAGUCUUUAGAGCUGUGUAUCUGAGCCUCUCAUGUGUAUCCUAUUGUGUGAUACUGCUGAGCUGUGUAUCUGAGCCUCUUAAGCGUGAUACGGGCUUCAGAGCUGUGUAUUUACGACUAUCCCAUAUGGUCUUCUGAACUGUGUAUCUGAGCCUCUCUUGUGAUACGGUCUUCAGUGCUGUGUAUCUAAUCCUAUUAUUUGUGAUACUGUCUGCUGAGCCCCUGUAUCUAAUCCUAUCAUGUGUCAUAUAGUCUUCUAAGCUGCGUAUCUCAUUUGGUCAUGUGUCAUUCUCUCCGUUGAUCUGUGUAUCUAAGCCUGUUAUGCGUAAUGGUGUCUCCUGAGCUUUGUAUCUAAGUCCUGCCUGUGUGAUACACCCUCCAGUACCUAUUUCCUCAGUGUCAUCUCGUGAUCUGUGUCAUGUCCCAGGUUAUGGGGACAGAAGUCCACCGGGGUGACGGACAUGGGUCCCUGGUGUGUGUGGGGGGUGUUUAUGGGAUAUUUGGCAGGUAUGUCUCUGGCAGCGGUCCCUGUGAUUGGCCGGCCCCGUGGAGGGAUGAAAGGGCCACGCUGUGUAUACAGAGCUGUUUGCGGUGAUCACAUGUGGUUAAACAUUGCGAGAACUGAGGAUUUCACUGACAUCCCGGACACCGAGGGGCUCAGAUACAUCUGUAUCCCUGGGAGGCCAACCACCGGAACUGCAGCUAACAAAGGAGAUCACCUAAGGACACAAAUGGCUGAAAAGAUCAGCUUACCGGCGAAACUGAUCAAUGGGGGCAUCGCCGGACUGGUGGGAGUCACCUGCGUGUUCCCCAUAGAUCUGGCCAAGACCCGACUACAGAACCAGCAGGGCCAGGGCGUCUACCGGGGCAUGUAUGACUGUCUGAUAAAGACCGUAAGAUCAGAGGGAUUCUUUGGAAUGUACCGAGGGGCCGCUGUUAAUCUCACCCUGGUCACUCCAGAGAAGGCCAUCAAACUGGCAGCCAAUGACUUCUUCCGGAAUAUUUUGUCCCGGGAGGGGAAGGAGCUGACCCUGGUGCGGGAGAUGUUGGCCGGUUGCGGUGCGGGGACCUGUCAGGUGGUGGUGACGUCGCCCAUGGAGAUGCUGAAGAUCCAGCUGCAGGAUGCCGGACGCCUUGGCUCUCAGAAAGUAUUAGCAGGAGAGGGGACGGCAGCCGCCACCACCCAGAGACCGUCCGCCCUACUGAUCGCCCGAGACCUUCUCCGCACCAAGGGGAUAUCCGGGGUCUACAAGGGUCUGGGGGCCACACUGCUCAGGGACGUCCCGUUCUCCAUCAUCUAUUUUCCGCUUUUCGCCAACAUUAACAAACUCGGGCAAAAGUCUCCGCAGGUGAAGGCUCCGUUUUACCAUUCGUUCAUAGCCGGAUGCUUCGCUGGCUCUGUGGCGGCUGUCGCGGUUACGCCUCUGGAUGUGUUGAAGACUCGGAUCCAGACCUUGAAGAAAGGCCUCGGAGAGGACACUUACAAUGGGAUCGUGGACUGCGCCAGUAAAAUUUGGCGCAAUGAGGGUCCCGCAGCUUUCAUGAAAGGGGCCUGGUGCCGGGCGCUGGUCAUCGCUCCUCUCUUUGGUAUCGCCCAAGUCGUCUAUUUUAUUGGCAUCGGAGAAUACAUCUUGGGCCAUUUUAAGUUACUGUAAGGAGGCGGCCAUAAAGGAGGACCCCCGAGGUGCGGAAACUGUCCGGGGAAGAACAAUCUCAACUCCCCGAACAGGAUUUUCCUCUAGGAUAAAAAUCCAAGAAGUUUGUCCGGCUGCUGCCCCCGGAGGACGGGAGGGUUACUGCACUCUAAACAUUCAAAAAUGAAAUACAUUUUUUUUUUGUGUCUCUGCGUAGUCCAGAGCUGCGCCCAUUGUGAGGCGUCUCGUACACAAAUGCCCGCUUGGGAGAUGCCCGUAGCACCAGGAUCUAUAGGUUGAGCCUCCUAUUACUGAACAUACUUUAUUUAACCUGUACUGGGUUACACUGCGUCUUAUACUCCGGUUACCUCCAGAGCUGCACUCAUCACUUUGUAAUGGGCUCCCGUGUCACUGCUGCCCCCUGCUGGAGUGUCUAUACCAGUGUUUCCCAACCAGUGUGCCUCCUGCUGUUGCAAAACUACAACCCCCAGCAUGCCAGGACUGCCUCCCGCACUUACCUUCUGCUGUUGCUUAGAGAACUGUUUCCCAAACAGAGUGCCUCCAGCUGUUGCAAAACUACACCUCCCAGCAUGCCCGGACAGCCUUCGGCUGUCCGGGCAUGCUGGGAGUUGUAGUUUUGCAACAGCUGGAGGCACCCUAACAUUGUAAGUGCUGCAGUGCAUUGUGAAGAUGUAGUAUCUGCAGGGCCCUGUUGUCUACAAAGCAGUGCAUUAUGGGUUGUGACGCCGCUCCAUCUAUUCCAGUUACAUCCGGAGCUGCAAUCACAAUCCUACAUAAUGCACAAAUUCCCGUCCUGUAUCGGCUGCAAACACUACACAUCCCCCAAUGCAACACACUGUGCGGCGGAUACAUAUUUAACCAGCAGGGGGCAGCGAUGAGAGUCGAGCAGCCUCCAAUAGAACAGGAAAACAGCAGAAUUGUGAGUGCUGCUCUGGCUGCAACUGUAUAGAACAGUAUUAAUGGAGCAGAGACUGAUGAUUGGGGUCCAGUAUGUGUUUUGUCUCCUUUUUUACAGUGUUUUUUUUAGGUUUUUAUACGAGAUUCAAGUAAAAUUUUCAAGUAGACGCAGCCGCUGCUUCGUAUAAAUGUCAUUGCUGUAUAUUGCUGAGUACUUGUCUCCAGGUGUACACUGCCCCCUACAGGUGCAGAUUAUAUUAAGGGCUGCGGAAUCUGUAGGCGACAUAUAAAUACACAAAUUCCUAUAAUCCACGUAGAAUUUACAUUAAACAGCCUUUCUAUU